AUGACGGCACCUCUUCGUAAUACCCAGCAUGCCUCAGCCAUAGCCGCGAUCACCGCCUCCCAGAACAGCGCGCCCGUGGCAGAAUUUCGUUGCCUCUAUACACAAGACGUCAAGAGGAAGCAGAAGCGGUGGCAGGAUGGCUAUCUCAAGUUCCAUACCUUCAAUAGCCGGGUCAUGGUAUAUGACCAGGCAAGGAAUUUUCUGGGAGAUACCUAUCACAAAGACAGCAGCGAGCUGCAGGAGGGCGACGAACUGAGCCUGAACAAUGGCGCUCUAGUAGAGGUCGCCGAGGCCAUGGGCAUCACACAUACCGAUCUGACCCAACUACUUGAGAAGAAAACGAAAGAUCCGCCACCCCGCCCGACCGCUCCUUCCCAGCCGAAACCGUUCCAGAGGCCAUCCUCAGUGGCACCGACUAAUGCUCAGCGAAGUGCAUCCCAACUGCGCCACAAAUCGCUCAAUACACUGCUUGGGACACCAAAAGGGCCAAUUGGAAAGGCUCAGCCCAUGAAAUCUCCAUACGAGGCUCGCAAGGAAAAGGAGAAUGAACUGGUUGAGGAACCCACCCCGAAGAGACAAAAGACUAGCCAGCCACGCACAAACUGGAGAGCAUCUAGCCCAGUCCAAGAAGACAGCCCCAUAGCGAAGAGAGACUCGGCUGUACAGGUACAACCGUCAGACACAGCGAACGCUCGGAAACCUGCCAAGUUCAUACCGCCGACAGCGACUGUCAUCACGAUAGAGUCCGAGUCCGAUCCUCACCCGGCGGACUUGUCCGACGUCACUCUCCCGAGCACACCCCCGAAACUUGCCAGAGCAAGAGCACGAUCGAGCGCACUUCAUACCCCAGCACCACAGCCCGCUGUACCUCAGCAGCCACCCGUACAAACCCCAAGAAUACCGAAAGGCAAGGUGCCAGUACCCAGUGUACGAGCGUUGGAGACUCCGAAGCAACGAGCGCCACCGUCUUCACCUCCAGUGAGCGCCUCAAAUCGCCUGACGAACGUCGACUUCGCGUUACAACCAACAAAGCAGCCACCCAAAGACCCCACUCCGCCACCACUUUCGCCUCCUCCUAACCGCAAAGCAAAAUCUCUUCGAUUGUCGGCGGGUGUAAAGCGCGGAACCUUGCUGUGUCAGUCGCUGCCUCAGAAGACCACAAGGGCAGCUAGUGAGGCCAGAGUGACCAGUUCCAACGUCAGAGCUCGACCGGUAUCACGCGUCACGAGCAAGGAGCCAUCACCUGCAAUAUCACAGAACAGUAAUCCGCCACAAGAGGUCGCCUCUGCAGCGUCGAAACGGGUGCCUAAAGCCAAGCGAAGAAAUACAGAGGCACAGGAUGGUGAUAGUCUCGCACCAAAGAGAGCCAGAGUCUCCAGAUCUCCCCCGCUUCCAUCACCGAGUGUUUCCGAAGAUCCAGAAGUUAUACAUGGCCUCAUGGACCAGCAACUAAUAAUCCCCUCGUCUCCACCUCAGCCUCAGUCCGUGUUCUUGCCAGAGACAGUCUCCGAACCCAAGCCUACCACUACCAAGAAACUGGCGGACAAGACACCGAUUGAACCGCCAGCUAAACGUCAACCUACAAAGUCAAAAUCUCCUCCAUCAGUCAAGACAAUCCGAAAAGCACAGCCACGAAACAACGUCGUGGAGAAGCCUGCAUCAACGCGCAAAGCUCCAUCGCCCCCUGUACCGGUUCUUGAUCCACCGACACCAGCAUCACGAGACGUCUCGCCAGCGCACACUGAAGCAUCUGAAACACAAUCACGCACAUCAUCAACUUCGCCUCGCAAAGUCCCACUCUCAACCGGCGGCUUCCCUAAGCGGCCACCGAAGCGAACCAAAAAGCAAUCAGCCGCAACGCCCUUAGUACAGGAGGAACCAGCUCCAGCCCCUCGUAAUGAGUCUGUACCUCUUCCGCCGCAUCCUCUCCGAGCGAACAAGAAAGGUCCCAUGAUGAGCACAACGGAACUCGCAUCUCUCCUCCAAAAGCCCCACAACCUAGCCAAAGUCCUUCCCGACCCCAUCGAAGACGUCUCAAACAUAACCAGCGCAGGCAAGUCGCCGAGCCGAAACUUCAGACGCGUAAGAAGCGAAAACGACGCACCUAUACCCAGCACAGCAGAUGACUGGGAGAAGCGCAAUCUGCCCAAAACGUCCAGCAACAUAGCCGAUACCGUAGACGAUCCACCCAUCACUCCCGUCGUGACCGAAGAACCAAAGAAGAAGAAAAGCAGUGGACUGGAUGCGCUCAUCAAACGAACUGAUCCUAGAAGGAAGUUCAAGAGGACGCAGAGUCUGCAGGUGGAGACUAAUGUGCAACCUGAUGCUGCUAAUAUGGGAGAGGUUGAGCUACCUAGUCCGGUUGUAGAUAAGGAUGUUGGGCCGUGGAGUACGGAGGCGGGAGAUCUUUUUGAUUGGAGGCCCCCGGGGAGGGAGUGA